UUGUUUGAGUUCAGCGUGUGCAGAAAAGGCAAGCCUCCACAGCCAUUCACAUACUCCUCUCCUCAGCGAUGGCUACGCAGACAGGCAGAGCUCCAGCCCUACAUCUCUGAAUGUGUGGCUCACACCUCCCUGUGCUGAGCUCCGGAGGCUCCCAGUGACCUCUUGGUAAUCAGCCUUGGCUGGGUCCAAAUCCCCACCCCUUGAAAAACUUACACGGAGCCUGACGUCUGCCUGAGUCGCUUUCAGCAAAGACCUCACAGGCAGCUACCCAACCUCUCUUGGUAGCAAACUGCCAAACAAGGCCUGUUUCCUCAAAAGAUGGUAGAGGACUUAGCAGCUUCCUAUGUUGCUUUGAAAUUGGAGAAUGAAAUUCUGCAGGCUCAAGUGAAGAGGCUCAUGGAAGAAAAUGCUGCCCUCCAGGCCCAGAUACCAGAGCUCCAGAAAUCUGGAGCUGCCAAAGAGGAUGAACCAUUCCGAAAGUCCUCAGAGGCCCAAGAGCCCCCAGAGUCCCCAGAGUCCCCAGAGCUACUGGAACCUCCAGCAGCCAGGGCCUCACAAAAGCUCUGGGAACCCCCGGAGGUCACAGAGUCCGGGGUACCCCCAGAGAUCAAGGAGCCCACUGAACCCUCUGCUAUUAGAGAGCCCAGGGGAGGCCCAGAGAUCAAGGAGCCCACUGAACCCUCUGCUAUUAGAGAGCCCAGGGGAGGCCCAGAGAUCAAGGAGCCCAGGGAUCCCUCCACUAUUAGAGAGUCCAGGGGAGGCCCAGAGAUCAAGGAGUCCAGGGAACCCUCAGCCAUCAGAGAGCUCAAGGGACUCCCAGAGGUUGAGGGGCUCCAGAAGCCCCCAGAGACCAACAAGUCUGGGGGACCCUCAGUCAUCACAGAGUUCAGGGGAUCCACAGAGAUCAAGGAGCCCCAUCCAUCCCCAAAGUUCAAGGAGGAUUGGGAACCCCAGGGGCCUCCAGAGGUCAGUGAGUCCUGGGAGCCCCCAGGGUCCCUGGAAUCCACAGCAGCCUGGGGACUCCAAGAGCCUUCAAAGGCCCAGGAGGCCCACAGUCUCCCAGAGCUCCAGGAGCUCUCAGCCUGGAAGCUUCCAACUGGCAAGGAACCCCAGGAGAUCCAGAAGGCUCUGGAGUUCCCAGCAAUCCAGAAUCCCCAGGCAUUCUCAAGGGGUUAUGACCUCCCAGCAGUCUGGGAGGCAGGGCCCACAGACACCCAGGGUACCCCAGCCAUCAAGGAGCUCCAGAAUUCACAGCUCCACAACCCUACAAAUGAUGAGGAAUCUCAGAAGGUUCCAGAAUACAAGGAGACCUCAUCACAGCUGGAGACCCUUGGGCAUCCAGCUACCCAGGAGCCUCUGGAGCCUCGGGUGCCCCAGGAGCCCCUGGACCCCUCAGAUGCCGAGGAGUUCCUAGAACUCUCAGUACCUGAAGAGUCCCUAGAGGGCCUAAUAGUUGUGGGAACAGGAAGAGCUUCUGCAUUUCCACAGGCCCACAACAGAUUAGAGGCUAUAGUUUUGCCCCUAGAUGACCCUUUGGCUUUCAGAGGGGAUUCUCAGAAACUCUCUGAGUUUUUAGUUCAGUUGAACAGUUACCUGAGAACCAGAGGGCACCUGUAUCCCACUGAAGCAGCUCUAAUACGCUUUGUUGGCAGCUUCUUCUCUGGUGAGGCAGGGAGGCUGUUCCAGUCCUUAACAAAUAUCCAAAGCCCCUUACUGGAACCAUUUGAAAGGUUCUUUCGAGAGCUCCAAGAUACUUUUGCCAAUUCUGAAAGCAUGGAAGUAGCUAACCAUGGCCUCCCUCAGCUGUGCCAAGGGGAUGGCCUUGUCCAUAGAUAUGCAACCCAUUUCCAUCUCAUUGCUCAAGAGCUAAAUUUGGAUGCAAGCACAUUCCGCAUCCAAUUUCAAGAAGAGCUUGCCAGUUCUAUUCAAAACGAACUGUCUUGCAUAAGGCCAGCCACCAACUUAUCUGAUGUGAUCAUUGAGUGUGUUACCCUAGAAGAGAAGACAGAUGAGAAGGCUGAUUCUGAUUCGUCAUCCUCCGAAGAGGAAAAUGGGUCCGAGAGUCCACCAACUGAAAACCAGGCUGUUCAAGCAACAAAUAACCGCCCCCACCUCAGUGAGGCUGAACGGGCCCGACGCCGUGAAGGUCACUUGUGCCUCUACUGUGGCCAUCCUGGUCAUUUUGCCAGAGAUUGUCCUGUCAAGCCUCAUCGUGCUCAGCAGGCGGGAAACAUGGAGGCCCGGCGGUAAGG